AUGUCCUCAACCAAAUACAACCGCAUCUCCAACGUUGAAGAGGCGCCGGAUGUAGCUUCCGAGUCCAAUGUUACCUUCGUCGAAGAUCCUAACGAAGCAACAAAUCUGUGGAGGCCAGUCUACAAGCGAAGCCAGCCGGUGGUAUCGGGAGAAGCGCCACUUGCUCGCACCAUCUCUGAAGAGCCGAAGCGAAAGAAAGUUGCUCUGCCUUGUCGCAAAUCCACUUCCUCGUCCUCCUCUGUUACUUUGACCAAAGUCGUCUCUACAGCUGUCAAGACAAGAGUCUUGUCAUAUAUGACCUUGCCUAUUAUCGUCCUCUGGCUUCUGCCGCCGCUUGGUGGUCAGGCCUCUCUACGUGCCGUUACUCAAGGACCUCAGACUACAGAGUCACGAUGGUACGGCCGGUUUCUGGAUACUACUGGGUCUUGGUCAGAUCGAGGCCUUGUUGAUCCAGGUGGAGAAUCAAGGUUAUCUGCCAUCAACGAUGCAUUCAAAUCUGCUAUAUCAAGUCCCCCAAGAAUGAAGAGUGCAUCUUCCGAUGCCCACGGCAAUGUUAAGAUUCCAAUGAUUGAGUCUCUCAUUCACUCUAAUAUUUCUCGCGAUCAUAACGGAUGGUAUGCCGUAAAAGGCCACGAAGACCUCGAGUAUUCCUCCCUGUCUGGGCUCCCGAUUCGGUCGAUCAAUCAGACAAAUGCACCCAUCAACUAUAUAUUCACUAUGGCUACUUCCUACCUUUCUGUGCAAUGUGAGAUCUUCGACCACUCCCCCAUGGCUGGUGGAAGAUGGUACCCUCAUGCGAGGGCCGCGGAGAAAGUCGACAGGGAGGUUGAGAGAACAACCUACUUCGAGGGAAAAGAAAGGAAAUAUAAUGAAACCCGUGGGUUCAAAAGAAGGAAGUACUUUAACGGUGAUGGACUUGUCCUGAAGCUUUGGCGUGGCUUCGUGGAGCUCUGGUCUAUUGAUCCAAAACGGCCUCUAGGAUUUGAGUUCGAGUCCUUCCAUGGAGAAGGCGUCACAAAGGCUAGUUGCGGAGUGAAUACAACCCACGUCGAAGCGAACAUAUCAUGCUGGAGAAAGGAAUGCACGGUUGAUCAUAUUCGGCACGGGCAAAGGGUCGACAGCGAUUAUCUGACAGUCUUUCAUCGCCCUGAAGCGAUGGACCACGGUUUCUUUGCUUCAUUUGUCAAUGCAACAAGUGAUAAUUUGGGCUCGCAAAUGAGAGACGAUUUUAUCCGCCCCUCGCCUCUUGAAUGCUACCUCAUCAAUCCGAGCUUCCCUUAUGCCUGGACAGCACCUUCGGCUUGGACAGCAUUCGCCCAAUGUGCCACUGAUCGCAAUAAGCCACCUUAUAUGUGGGAUAUUAACGACGCAUUAUUGUCACAGCGUAUGACGCAACUUCUCAACACCUUUUGGAUAAAUGGACUUGCCCCGUACAUUAACUCUGGAGAAAUCCUGCUCAUACCUGGAGUCAAUGGUCUCAGGUUACCAGUGGACAAGAAACAAUAUCCAGGCGUCGACACUCAAGGUUGGAUGGUUCCUGAUUAUCAAGUGAUGCGUGUUGACUUUGUAUGGCUUGUGGUACUCUUCUUUUCUUCAACCAUCAUGCUGCUGGCUGCUAUUGGGGCAGUCAUAUUUGGGGUAUUGAGGCGAGGUCCUGAGUCACUGGAGUAUAUCGCGAGUCUGCUCAAAGACAACAGGAACAUAAAUGUCGAGGGAUUGGGGUCAUCGGUGAUGGAAGAAGAUGAUUUGACGAGGUUUAUGAAGGAUGUCGUUUUGUGUCUUGGUGACGUGAGGCCUGAUGAAGAUAAUGGAUAUUUGGCAAUUACUACGUCUAGUGAUGCGGGCCAGUUGGGCAGACAAGCGCCCCGAACCAAUCUAGAUAUCAACGAGGAGAAGAUGAGUGAAGCUACUGGCUGCAGGAAUCUAAGGCCAUUAGUGCCUCGAGGCCAAGCCCCUGUUCCACCGCUAUCGACAGCUCUGCUUCCGAAAAGAAUACGCCCAGUGACCGGUGUCGCCUGCGAUUCAUGCCGCCUUCGAAAGACAAAGUGCAACGGCCUCCGUCCCCUGUGUUCACCAUGUAAAGCCCGUGGGCUGCAAUGCUCCUACGCGACAGAGCCCUCCGAGACGCGUCUCUCUGCCAUGAAAAGAAAGCAUGAUGAGCUACAAAAGCAGGUGGAGGAAGGAGAAACAUCAAAGUCCAAUCUCCAACAGCUCUUCGAUGCCAUGCGCGACCGUGAUGAGGGGGACGCCGCCACCAUCAUGACGCGUAUCAGGACUGGCCAAGAUCCCGGCACAAUAUUGCGCCAUCUUGAUACUGGGGAUCUGCUACUCCAACUACACCUUGUUCCCGAAACAAGGUUCCGAAACAGCUUUCCUUCCGCGUUUCGUAUACCUACGAGAUUACAGUCUUUGGGCAAUCUAUAUUUUCAAUCUCCGGUAUAUGAGGCUACGUUGAUGGAACACUCACCAGAGCGCACCGACACGAUCGAACUACAUGAUCGAUUCAGACCGCAGUAUCUGAGACCGUAUGCUGCAGCUGAACUGAUAGAGCCAAGGAUCAACUUAGUAAAGCCUUCGAAUUGGACAACCGUGUUGACCGAUGAUACACUGAUGAGGAAUAUGUUGCGAUUCUAUUUUCGACAGGAGCACCAGUCCCUCCCCUUCUUUCACAAAGACUACUUCUUGGAUGAUAUGCUCAAUGGGUCUGAGGAUUUCUGUUCACCUCUUUUGGUGAAUGCUGUAUUAGCCGAAUGUUGUAGCUUUUGUCCAGAACCGUUACAUCGUCUAGAUUACUGGAAGCCAUCAAGCCUCAGAUACCGAUUCUUGGCUGAAGCUCGGAGGCUCUGGGAUCUGGAACAGAGUGAAGAGCCACGAAUCACAACCCUUCAAGCAGCCAUGGUCUUGAAUCCGGUAUACAACAUGAGCUCCAUGGAAAGUACGGGUUUGUCUUUCAGUGGGCAAGCAAUUGCUUUGAGUUACAAUUUGGGUUUAUUCAAGCCACUAUCUCCACAGCUAGAUGAACGAACAAGACACGUGUAUACUUUCACGGCCUGGUGUUUAUACUAUUGGAUUAGCAUCCAGUAUUAUACAUAUGUCCAACCUCCAGCUUUCCAUCAACCACCGCAAACUCCUCUUCCGGACCCGGAGACGCAGGCUGAAUGGUACGGAGACGUCGUUUUUAAAUAUCCAGGGUCGCGCGCCGUGACCUCGUUGGACUUUGCUCGACUAUUCAAAGCGAGAUGUGACCUGUUGCAGAUUGCGAAUCAAGUAUCCGCCCAUCUAUACCAGGCAAAGAAUGGAGACGGGCAAUUUUCGUGUGAAGGCCUGCUAGGGCUUUUAGAACGCUAUCGAGACUGGUUCUCUCAUUUACCACCGUCCCUCGAACCACGGUAUAUUGUAUAUCCAGUUGAACUACAGCUUCAUCUCCAAUACCACACCUUUAUAAUAAAUGUAUGCGAGUUUCUUGUCUCGCAGAAGAAACCAACGCUGGCCUUAGAAGCGAAAAGGAGAGUCACUCAAACAUUGACAGAGUCCCGUAAUGGAUUCGAGAGUAUCAUGCUGCUGUUCUACCUCCGCCAUGGAUACGCUAUGCAAGACCGAAUUAUGACGCAGUAUCUCUCUAUCCUGGCCUAUAUGUCACUGAAGCAGCUACAAGACCCAGUGUCGCAACAAGAGGUGCAAGAGAACCGCGGUAUCCUGAAUAUUGCAGCCAGAGGAGUCAAUGUCCAGAGUGGAUAUUACUACCUUACGCACCUGGUGUCGGUAGUCUUGCAGGGUGAGAUGAAUCCAGAGGAUCUUGUCUUGUUGCAGCAGUCCACAACUGAAAGACAAGAAAGCAAAUCAACCGAGCAUGCCCGGGCGCAACAUGACCGGACUCAGGAUCCGAUCAAAGUCGUUUUCAUAAAAGACCGACGAUUAGGGGAUCUUGUUAAGAGGUAUUCGGCAGUAAACCUGCAAGAUCAUAAGCCAAACCCUACGCCCCUGGAAUCUGGAUUAGGAAGCCUUGAGGUCGAAGCAUACAAAGAAUAUAGCUAG